AUGGCCGAUCCGUUGUCCUUGGCAGCUAGUAUCGCUGGACUGAUCUCGCUGGCCGAUGUCACAUUCAAGUAUACCUACAAAUUUGUUAGAGCGGCUAAAGAUGCGAAGACCGAUGUAUCGACCCUCGCCGACGAGAUGAACAACCUUGGCAGUGUCCUACGAGUUCUCGAGGCAUUGGCCUCUGACCUGGAAGCAGAGGGAGAUCAGUUUGAUCCAACAUAG